GGUGGAGGUGGUCGUGGGUCCCCUUUUCCCCACGCGCAGACACCUGUUACAGCCACUCAAAGUGAAAACCACAAACCCAGAUUGCCGACAGCCAGGCUGAGAGGGUUGGAGAGGAAAGGUCCCUUUACCAUCCCUGUGCAGCUCAAGACAAAAGGGAAGGAGCAUACUAAAAUGUCACCUGAGGUUGCCUUGAACAGAAUUUCUCCAGCGCUCUCACCCUUCAUUUCCAGUGUGGUCAGAAAUGGAAAAGUAGGACUGGAUGCUACUAAUUGUUUACGGAUUACAGACUUGAAAUCUGGCUGUACAUCCUUGACCCCUGGACCUAGCUGUGAUCGGUUUAAGCUACAUAUCCCUUAUGCUGGAGAAACACUCAAAUGGGAUAUAAUUUUCAAUGCUCACUAUCCUGACCUGCCACCAGAUUUUAUCUUUGGAGAGGAUGCUGAAUUUUUGCCAGAUCCUUCUGCCUUGCAUAAUUUAGCUUCUUGGAAUCCUGCAAACCCGGAAUGCCUCCUGCUUGUUGUGAAAGAGCUUGUGCAGCAGUAUCACCAAUUUCAGUGCAGCCGAUUACGUGAGAGUUCUCGGCUCAUGUUUGAAUAUCAGACUUUACUCGAAGAGCCCCAGUAUGGAGAAAACAUGGAAAUCUAUGCUGGCAAAAAAAACAACUGGACUGGAGAAUUCUCAGCUCGAUUCCUCUUGAAGUUGCCUGUAGAUUUCAGCAAUAUUCCUACAUACCUUCUCAAGGAUGUGAAUGAAGAUCCUGGGGAAGAUGUUGCACUUCUCUCCGUUAGUUUUGAGGAUGCAGAAGCUACCCAAGUUUUUCCUAAGCUGUAUCUCUCCCCGCGUAUUGAACA